ACAAACCAAAAAAAUAAGAAAAAGUAUGGUCAAGUAAGUUCCAUCCAAAGUUAGAGUUGUUGAGUACAGUAUAAGAGUUGACUUUCUCUCUUCCAUUAACAAAACAAACCUUAUUCUUUUGUUCCUCAUUUUCCCAAAACACACAAACACACACCAAUGGAGCAACAAGACAUUGUCCCUUAUAUCUCUGAUGAUGAUGAUGACAACUAUGCUGAAGAGUUACAACUCCAACAAACCCUUAUGGACUCACUCAUCACUUCCAACUCUCAUUCCCAAAAUGCCCCAUGUCUAGCAUCUUCAUCAAAACCCGUUGAUGUUGGCCUUGUAUACAACACAGAGCAGAAAAGGUUCGUAACCAAAGAAGAAUCCUCUUCUUCAAUCAUCAUUUGUGAGAUUUGUGCAGAACCAAAAAAGACAGAGGAGAUGUUUAAGAAUCAAAGAUGUUACCAUUCCUUUUGUUCUGAAUGUGUAAUCAAACAAGUGGCAACAAAAAUCCAAGACAAAAUAUCAAUUGUGUCUUGUCCUGGUUUGAAUUGCAAAGGUGUGUUGGACCUUGAAUCUUGCAGGUCAUUGCUUCCCAAAGAAUUGAUUGAUAAGUGGAAUGAUUCAUUGUGUGAGUCUCUUUUUAUUACUGUUCCUAAAUUCUAUUGUCCUUUCAAAGAUUGUUCUGCUAUGUUGUUGGAUGAGAAUGAAGGAGGAGGAGAAGAAGAAUAUAUUAGGGAAUCUGAGUGUCCUUUUUGUCAUAGAUUGUUUUGUGCAAGGUGUCAUGUUCCUUGGCAUCCUGGAAUUGGUUGUGAGGAGUAUCAGAAAUUGAAUGUGGAUGAAAGAGGGAGGGAAGAUCUUCUUGUUAGAGAACUUGCUAAUCAGAAGAAAUGGAGAAGGUGUCCAAAAUGCAAAUUCUAUGUUGAAAAAAAUGAAGGUUGUUUGCAUAUCACUUGCAGGUGCCGGUUUGAGUUUUGUUAUGCUUGUGGAGAAAAAUGGAGUUCUACUCAUGGUGGUUGCCAAACCGAUUAGAUAGAUUUAAAUAAUUGAUAUGGACAUUGUCGUUCCUUUUAGUUUUCAUUAAAUAGGUUGUUUGUUGUUCAUUUUGUUUGUGUUUUUAACCAUUAGGGUGAGUUUUUUUUACUGCAAAUCAAUGAUGUACCAUUGCGUUCAAAUAUAUGUAGCUGAGUAGUAUUACAAAAAUUUACUCUUUGGUUGCACUAGCAACUAGAAUCACAACAAUAAGAUUGGUGAUUGCUUUCACAAGUAAGUGAAGCUUGCCACUAUUUCAUCUUGAUGUCAAAUUUGUCUUCUUUUUUUAUCCGGCAAUUCUGUCUUCUUAAAUAGGCUAUUAGAAGAGGAAGUGUAUGUAGUGCACUCACCUCGAUUAAAGGUCGAUGGAAGCAGAUACACAGUGUAAAGGCUGAAGAAAGCUUUAUAUGGGCUAAAAACAAGCACCAAGGACCUAUAACAAAGGGAUAAUCGUUCUUGUUCGAGUAAAGGUUUUCCAAAUGUGUAGUAGAGAAUGGUGUUUGUGUGAAGCUGAAGAGCAAAGCUGAGAUGUUAAUGACUUGUAACGGGAAAUGAUCUAGAUGACAUUGAGGAAUGCAAGGUAACCAUGAAUUUAAAAUCUGAUAUGACAGAUUUGAGUAUGCUAAGGGACAAUGCUGCAUCAGAAGUGGUAUAAUGUAGAUGUAUUGAAAAGAUUCAAAAAGUUUAAUUGUAAUGCAUUAUAUACCCUUGUAGAAUAAAAUGUGAAACUGUUGGAGUAUUGUGAUGAAAAGGGAUUCGAUGGAAUUUUGUUUACACAGAUUGUAUGAUUCUUGAGAA